CAUCGUUCUCUGUUUUUCAUUUCGUUUAGGAUAUUUCUAGGACUCUACCUCGCUCACAGGAAAAAAAUGGCGAAUUACAUGUUCUUGAUGGAAUGGGAUAAUAACACGUUGACGGAGUGGGACGAACAUAACAUGAUUAAGAUGACUGUGACCGGCUGUGGGUUCUCCUUUGUAGGCCUCAUGUUGACGCUAUGCCUCCUCUGUUUCCUCCCUAUUGCUAACGACGGACUGUACAUAAUAACCAAUAUGUGUAUAUCUAUGGUAAUGGCACAGCUAGCCUUCAUAGGGUCGGAAAACACCUACCCUGAAAAGUUGUUAUGUAAGACGGCGACCUCACUGCUCCACUACCUGUUCCUGUGUGUCCAUUUCUCCUCCCUGUGUUUUGGUUUACACUUGAUGACGAAGUUAAAGUCAGAACACAUGAUGAAUAAGUCUCUCAAGCGCACGUGGAUACUGCUCACGUGCUGGGGCGCGCCUGGUGUCAUUGUUGCUAUCACAGCAGUCAUUCGAGGUGACACCUAUGGCACAAACAAACUGUGCUGGUUAGCAUCAACUUACGGCACCAAAUGGGCGUUCCUAGGACCAGUUAUGGCAAUACAGUUGGUGAAUGGUGGCAUCUUCGUCGUAAUGAUGUUAACAAGGAUGGGAGCUGACUCAAAGAAAGGAUGCUCUUUCAUUGAAUUAGUCAAACAGCAGGUGAUGACAGCUAUUUCACUGAUCCCAUGCCUCGGUCUGAUGUGGUCGCUUGGAUUCGCUGUGACGUUCGGGACAUCAAAGGCGGCCCAGUACCUGUUUGUGAUAUUGGCAGCGUUACAGGGCCUACUGAUAUUUCUGGGUCACAUCAUGACUCACACACAAGUACGCAAGUCCCUGUGCGUGAAGAUGAACCCUAGUGGUUAUGACAUGUCGGAGAAGAACAGCGACGACUUCACCAGAUCCUCUAACAUCGUGGAAGCUAAACGAGGGAGCUGUGAUUCGUCGGCGUCGACCAAUGAGAGACGCCAUUCUGACUACUGCCUCAUUACAAACAAAAACCAACUCGUUGUUCCUCCAGCCGCGCAAUGCCGACACCGAUCGCCGCGAACAAGCACAUGAUAUGACGUCAUCGACCAUGACAGCUCCAUUUCAUGAACUUUCUCAAAACCAAGUCUUCUAUCGUAACGAAGCAUGCAUUAGUAAACGGAUCUAUGAUCAAGCCAACCCAUAACCUGACCGCCAUGUUGUAAAUGUUGGGAAGUAACUGCCUGAAUAUGUAACCUUUCUUUGUUUGGUAUAUAUUUAUCUCUAUAAAAAAAACAUAUCUUGUUUAUAAGACAUGCCACUUGUAGACAUAGUGUUACAUGCGUGAUGGAUCUUUCAUGAACAGUAUUUAUGAUGUUGACAAACCACAUUCCAGAGAUAUAUAACCCAAUUGUCAGAAAACCACUGAAUGAAACUUGUAUUUCUUAACCUUAUUAAUAGAUGAUUACAUUGACCAUCAUAGUGAAACAUACUUGCGCAAGAGUGUAUUGUUUGCAACAUGAAUUUUGUAGCUGGUAGCAUGAAACACCAGUACAUGUUUAUUGACGGAAAUUAGUAGCAAUGCCAUAUUUAUCUUGGAUUUGGUUUGAAAGAAAUAAUGGAAAAGAAUACAUAUCGAACGUUUAUUGGACUACACACAUGUUGAUUUGAAUAUAAACCUGUAGGGUUUCUAAGAUUAUGACAUACAUGUUUAAGAAUAUCUAAUAUCAAUUAUGAUAUAUUCAUAGUAAUAUAACAAAUAUCAAUCAGAAUACUUACAGCAUGGUUUAUCCACUAAGAUCAAAUCACAUAGUGAAAAGAAUACCUUAAAAGUGGAAAUUUGCGCUGUUUGGAAAUUUAGCGUUUUCGUGUUGAGUGAAUAAGCGCGAAAAUAAGCGCGAAAAUAUUCACAGGUGAAUAUUCAUUUAUAGUUUAUAUAUAAAAAGAAUACAAAGGUUGCAAAUCUAAUCCCAAAGUAGGACUUUCAACACCGCAAUUUGUUUAAAAGGUCAAAACAUGCGAACAUUUCUAAACGCGAAAAUUUCCACAUUCACAGCACUUGUAGCAUAUUUGCUUCGGCUCUAAGAUUAAACAUUGUCAUAAGAAUCCUUUCGCUUGGUUUUCUAGGAUCUUAACGCACAAUAUUUGAAACUCACCCGUGGGUUUCAUGAUUACAGCUCAUAUUAUUUUGAAAACUUACUUCAUGAGGUAUGGCAUUGUAAAGUACAUCACAUUGAAUGUUCAUGAUUUCAAGGAUUGUAACGUGCAUAUUUUAAAACUUAUUGCAUGGUUUUCUUGAUUAUACCGUCCAUUCAAAUUGUUUUGUAAAUAACACCAUUGGCUUACUAUUUUAUAAAUGUUACCAUGAAAAUAAAAUAUUUCUGAUAGCAUGUCUAUGUGACUGCAAAGCGAACAAUACAAUAUACACGCCUUCUUAGAACUGUAAAGUUCGUAAAGCCAGCAAUGUUAUUGAGAUAAUUCAAAUGUCCUUCAAACCAACACAUCAUAUCAGACUUCUUAAAAAAUAACAACGUACUGAAAAAUCAGAUAUCCGACCUGACAAAAUUAUUGCCAUUUUCUUCUCUGACAAAGCUUAGGCGUCAGUCGUGUCUAUUUAUAGAAUAGUUUUUAGAACUUAUGUAGCUCUAAUUAAUGUGAACUUGUACUGUUUUCCUACCGUGGUUAUUUUGUAGUUUUAAUGUUGAUAUAUGUAAUUCUUGCUAUCAAAUUAGAUUUGUAACUUUCAUUGAGCAGUUAAAGUUUAAUUAAAUUCAUGGUUGUCACUUAAUCUGUCACUGAAACACAGAGGCAUACUAGAUAUCGCUUACCCAGGUAUCAUAUCACGUCCACUUCAUAAUCAUAUAAAUAUAAUAAUUUUGUUAUAUUAAUUAUAUAACAUCAUAAACUUAUAUCUUAUAUUUUAAAUCCCCGUAUUUGUGAAUAUUUGGGAAUCUGUGCUUGUCCAUUUACAAUGCCGAUUGUCAAGUUUAUAGUUAUUGACAUUCGGGACGCUCCGAGGUGGCAUGAAGCCCUGGUCGCUGAACAUCCGGGUUCUGUCCAACUGUAUAUAUAUAUAUUUAUGUAUGUAAUCCCAAUAAUAUAACCAGGCCUGGAUCACACCUUGUCAAUUUAAUAAGCCGUUAAUUGAAGACUUAGAAUGUGUUUUCAUUUCGUAAUGCUUAAAAUGUACAAAAAGUAUUGUUUUGACUGUCUUAUAUUAUAAUUUUGAACUUACAUAGACGUGAUUGAAGUAAUAAUUUUCACUAAAAUUUAAAAGAAAAACAUUUCGUCGUUUUUAUUUUGCGAUAUUUUGUGGUUGAGCUUAUACUGUGAUUUCCGGGCCUUUUGAUGACUGAUGUUGUUACUUUUAUAGAUAGUGAGUAACAAAACGCUGAAGUUUGCUAUGAUUAUGCACAAAAUGCUGGGAGCAAAUUGUUGACGCGGUUUAGUGACUUGCGUUAUUUGACUGUACAUACAUUGUAUGCAUGUUAUUUAUGAAAAGUAUUUUUUAUUAAAUAUUAAUGCUUUUAAA